AUGACCGAAUACGCGGGGACCCCGAGGCUCGAGCUGGAUUGCGCGCUCGGCUUCAGUGGGCGAGUUCCUAAUGGUCUGAUUGCGCACCCGGACGGCACCCACAUCAUCCACCCUCUUGGAGCCUGCAUCGUCAUUCGCGAGAUCGGCAAAUCGUUCUCCUCGGACUUUCUCUAUGGGCAUAACGACAAAAUCAGCUGUCUUGCGGUGAGCCCGAGCGGGCGCUACGUGGCCUCCGGGCAGGUCACCCACCCAGGCUUUCAGGCCGACGUCUGCAUCUUCGACUUCGCGGAGCGUCGGCUGGUGCAUCGUAUGCUGCUCCAUAAGGUGAAGGUCCAGGCCCUUUCCUUCUCCUCGGAUGAGCGCACCCUGGCUUCAGUGGGGGGCCCGGAGGAUAACACGGUGGUGCUGUGGGAUGUGGAGACGGGCCGUCCCUUCUGUGGGGCCCCCGCCCACCACACCGAGACGAAAUGCGUCGCCUUUCUGAACCACGACUUGCUGAAGAUCAUGACGGGUGGGGUGGGGUCGCUGCGGGUGUGGUCGGUGGAUAUGGAGAAUCGGAAGAUGAACCCGGUGGAUAUCAACCUCGGGAAUCUUCGACGGUCCGUUACCACGCUCGCGAUUGAGCAGACAGAUAAGUACGCCUACUGCGGUACCACGACGGGGGAUGUCUUGUGUGUACAGCUCGGCAAUGCCGGGGUGCUGAAGAUGAAAGGCCCCUUGAAUAAAUGCUCCGGUGGUAUCGUGUCCCUCAUCUUUAAUCGCGAUGGUCACGUGUUGGUGGGCAGUGGCUCUGGGGAGGUCCGGCUUCUUUCGAAGAUCAACCUGACGGUGCUGUUCGAGGCGUCCGUGAAGGGUGGAGUGACGGGCCUCGCGCUAGUCGGGCCGCACUACUUUGUGGGAACCGAUGCAAGCAAUAUGUACUUCAUCAACGGGGGGAACUUCCGCACGGAACUUCGGGUGACGUGCCACAGUGGGUGUAUCAACGACUUGGUCUUUCCCGCGGGAUUUAGCUUGGUCUUCGCGACCUGCGGCGGGUCGGAUAUCCGGUUGUGGAAUGCUAAGUCGUGUACCGAGCUCCUACGCAUCGAAAUCCCUGGCCUCACAUGCAAUUGUAUCCACUUCACCGCGGAUGGUUCUAUGAUUAUCUCGGGAUGGAGUGAUGGGCGGCUUCGGGGUUUUGGGCCGCAGAGUGGCAAGCUCAUUUUCACUAUGCACGACGCGCAUAAGUCGGAGUCGUUGGGGCAGCGCGUGAAGAUCGGCGGCCGCGUCGGGGUCACGUCUGUGUGUAAUGACCACACUUCGACGAACGUUAUCACCGGUGGUUCGGAUGGGCAGGUGCGCGUUUGGCGCAUCACCGGCAAGUCAUGCUUCCUAAAAGCGUCGAUGAAGGAACAUAAAAGCACCGUUAACGCACUUGCGAUAACGCAUGACGAUACCGAGUGCGUCUCUGCAAGCGAUGACGGCAGUUGCAUCGUCUGGGACCUUACACGAUUUGUGCGGCGUAAUAUUAUCUAUCUACAGACCUACUUCCGCGCGGUCGCGUACUACCCAGACGAGAGCCAGAUUAUCACGUGUGGGAAUGAUAAAAGCAUCACAUACUGGGAUUCGGUUGACUGCAACGCAAUCCGGGAACUUAGCGGGAGCAAGACGGGCGAGCUAAAUACGCUUUCCAUGUCACCCAAUGGUGAUUUUUUUGCUACGGGUGGUAAUGAUCGAAUUUUGAAGGUGUGGAACUACGAGCGGGGAGACUGCAUUGCCGUGGGUGUUGCGCAUAGCUGCAGCAUCACAAAGGUUGUAGUUUCGCCGGACGGAAAGAGGAUUGUGUCAGUAGGGGACGAAGGGGCCAUUUUCUUAUGGAACGUUCAAGAUUUGGUCAUUGAUAAGCUUUGA